GGGAAGGAGUCAAGGGAAGCAGGCCCUGGGCAAGGAGCUCGGCGGCCUUGGCUCGGGAGGCGGGGUAGGUGCACCAGUGUCCUUCCGUCCUCGCCACGCUUCAGGGACCGUGGUGCGAUUGCGGGGACCUUUGCCCCCGGCGAGCGCGGCCGGGGCGCUACCGAUAGCGGUUUUUCUUCUCCGCGGAUAAAGCUGUGGCUGAAAUGAGUGAUACCAACUUACAGAAACUAACCAUUGUUCAGCAAGCAAUAGCCUCUUGUUGUGGAGCUAUAAUUACAUCAUUAUUUGUAACUCCUCUUGAUGUUAUCAAAACUCGACUGCAAGCCCAGCGCAAUCCAUUCCAUAAAGGAAAGUGUUUUGUAUACUCCAAUGGCCUUAUGGAUCAUAUAUGUGUUUGUGAAAAUGGGGACAGCAAAGCCUGGUAUAAAAAACCUGGGCAYUUCAAAGGGACAUUGGAUGCAUUUGUGAAAAUUAUUCGAAUAGAGGGAAUUAAGUCACUGUGGAGUGGGCUUCCCCCAACACUAGUAAUGGCAGUUCCUACCACAGUAAUCUAUUUUACCUGCUAUGACCAACUGUCUGAAGCCUUGAAAAAUCGGCUGGGAAAGGAUGAUGAAUACAUUCCACUUCUUGCAGGUUCCUUAAGCAGAUUUGGUUCUACUACUGUGGUGAGUCCCCUGGAGCUGAUCAGRACUCGAAUGCAGUAUCGCAAGUUGUCCUACAAACAGCUGUACCUGUGUGUCAGCACCAAAGUGGCUGCAGAUGGGUGGUUCUCCCUGUGGACAGGCUGGAGUCCUACUAUUCUGAGAGAUGUUCCUUUCUCAGCAUUGUAUUGGUAUAAUUAUGAACAUUUCAAGAAGAUGAUGUGCAAGGAAGUUGGUGCAAAUGAGCCUACAUUUUUUAUUUCUUUUACUUCAGGAGCAGCAUCUGGCUCUAUUGCAGCUGUCAUAACUCAGCCAUUUGAUGUAGUGAAAACACAUAGGCAGAUUCAACUUUGGGAGAGUGAGACCUUAAAAAUUCCACAGAGGGACGGUACAUCAACCUGGGCAGUUAUGAGGAAAAUUCUUGCUAGAAAUGGGAUUACUGGAUUAUAUACUGGUAUUACUCCACGGCUGGUUAAAAUUGCUCCUGCUUGUGCCAUAAUGAUCAGCACAUACGAAUAUGGAAAGUCUGUCUUUUCUCAUUUAAAUGAAAAAAUGAAUCAACGUCCAUAAUUCUUCAUCCAGUUGUGUGAAGUCAAAGCAUACAAUGGAAACUGUGCCAGAUUUAAAUCUGUGAAGAUGUUUUUUAGAAUUCCCAGUGAUUUCUACCAUUACAUUUGGUAACUAAAUAAAGCUUCAUUUUUAACUGUUUCACAAAGGAUUAAUUCACUCUUUUUAUUAAGACUAAGAAAAUACACGAGCCUUAAACUAUCAUUGAAGAUAUUUUGACUUCUCUUGCAGCUAGAGAGAAAAAAGAAGGGAAGGAAGAACAAAAGAAAAAAGGAGGAGAAGAAAAAAAGAUUGAGGCU